UUUGCCGGGCUUCACACCGCUGCAGGAAAAGGGAAAGGGAAGAAUCAGCGAGAAGAGAGAGGUCUACACUGCAAGCAUCCACCACCACCACGCAGCAAGGUUGCUUUGGACAUUCCUAUCAAGCCAGUGUCAAGGGGUUGAGGCACUGGAGACUAUGCCCUGAAGAAAUUGCACACCUUCCAGAUCCGGUGCCUGGGACGCUAGAUUUGUCUCCUACCGAGUCAUUUCACGGCCUAUCUUUAACAACUCUGGAGUCCGCUAUGGCAUCCCAAGGACCAUCCUGCUCUUGGGGAUCCAGCGUACCUCACCAGAGUCUGUGGUUGUGCUUUAACAUCUGACGUGCCACGCCAGGAUCUGUUGCACUUCUCCAGGAUUGUGCCAUUUUGCCUCCCAAAACUAGGAUGGCAUCAUGGGAGAGGAACGUUAUUGGGAUCAUCCUUUUCUGCACCCAUGACUGUGCAAUUGAGUAUGCGUUGUGAGUGGGCCUGAGCAAAACUUGGGAGCCUGUGAACCACGCACAGGCAGUCUUGGGCACCCCCAUGGCCUGGUCUGAGGGUGCAUGGGAUGGAGCCACAGCAAAAUGGAUCUGGCAAUCAGAGUGAUCUGGCACCCACUGGCCUCCCUUACUCACCUCUUGCCACAGCACUCAUAUUGGUGGCUGUUCUGGCCGUGGCACUUGUGACCCUGAUGGGGAACGUGUUGGUCGUGCUGGCUGUGUACACCAGCCGGGCCCUCCGGGCCCCACAGAACCUGUUCCUGGUGUCUCUGGCUGCAGCAGACAUCCUGGUCGCCACCCUCAUCAUCCCUUUCUCCUUGGCCAAUGAAGUUAUGGGCUACUGGUGCUUUGGUGGCCUUUGGUGCAGCCUCUAUCUGUCGCUGGAUGUGCUCUUCUGCACUGCCUCCAUCAUGCACCUCUGUGCCAUCAGCCUGGAUCGAUACUGGGCUGUGACCCGAGCUGCCCGGUACAACCUCAAAAGGAGUCCCCGGAGGGUAAAAUGUAUGAUUGGGGCCGUCUGGGCCAUUGCUGCCUUUGUAUCUCUCCCGCCACUUUUUAAGUCAACGCACCAGGAUCAGGUGUGCUUGCUCUAUGACGACACCUGGUAUGUGCUGGCUUCUUGCACAGCCUCUUUCUAUGCCCCCUGCCUCAUCAUGGUUGCAGUCUACUGCCGGAUCUACCACGUGGCCAAGCACAGGAACUCAAUUGUCAUUGCUGCGAGGCGCAUCUCUUACCCCAACCUCAUUGCUGUGGCCAAGUGCGAUGCCCGCAGGGUGAGUGCCCAGCACCCUGGAGAAGUACAAAAUGCGGGCCUGGAGCAGGGGCAGCUUCCACACCCCCAGCCUGGUUUGCCCCGGUUCUCUCAGCAAUGGAGGGUAGAAGAGAUUGGGAAUAGUAAUGCCAGGCCACAGAGGAACCCAAGGCUUUCCUGGUCAAUUCCCUCUAACCGGCAGCAGCGCAGGAGCAGGGACAUGUCCAUCUCCACUAACCGGCUGGUGCAGGCACGGGAACGCCGAUUCACCUUUGCCCUGGCUUUCAUCAUUGGGGCUUUUGUGCUGUGCUGGUUCCCGUUCUUCUUCACGUACAGCCUCGAAUCUGUGCUCGGGGAAGGCUGCUGCAUCUCCAAGCCACUCUUCAAAUUCUUCUUCUGGAUUGGCUACUGCAACAGCAGCUUCAACCCUAUCAUCUACACUGUCUUCAACCGGGACUUCCGGCGGGCUUUCCAGCACCUUCUGUCCCGAUCCGAUCCGCUCACAUGUAGGAAAUGAGGAUUGUGCCAGACGGCUGAGGAGGGAGUCUGAGAGUGGCAUGGUGCACUGCAGGCCAGGGCUUUGAGGCCUGGGUAUGGAAUGUCAUCCUGGGGUCAUAGAGAAGGUAAUGGGUUGAGGCUGAUGAACAGAUUAUCUUUGCUGCCAGUUAUUGCUGAAAAACUUCUAAUACAGUGGUAAAUUGUAUUCGUGGCACAGGCAGCAAGACUUGUCUGACAUGCCUCAGCAGGACCUCAAGGGGUGGUAGGCCUAAUUACGGCAUAGAGUCAGGCUUAUGCUCCUGUCUGCCUCUCCAGUCAUGUGCUGCUGCCUGCUUUCCAAGCUCAGUAGACUAGAGACAAAGCGCUAGGGCUGGGGAGUGGAGUGGGGAAGCGUGCACGUGUACCAGUGAUGUAGUAGUGAAUUUUAAAGUGCGGGUGCUCUUCCUAACAACCAUCAUAGCCAGCCCCUGUAGCCACGCCCCUUCUAAGGUUACACAACAAAAAUGAAUUUUUGGUCAAUGCAGACAUUCGCUUUUUUCCCCCUCAACCUCUUCCGCCACUCCCACCCCACCCCCUUGUUUGAGAUAUCCAGCUUGAUGAAGAAUUCCGGUGGACUCUUGUUCACAAUUUUGAGACAUUUUGGUUGGUCAUAAUAAAGGCAGUUUGAUUUCCCCCCCAAAAAUAAAAGUGGCAGUUUAACUCUUAGCCAUGCAUACUAAAUGUAACCUACUUCUUCCUCUGUUUAGUUUAUUUGGUGGGUUUCUCUCUGAGAAAAGCUGGUUUUAUUUUGACAUGCAGAGGAUUGGCAAACAGCACCCCUGGUGAUGACAUCAUGGUCCCUGCUCUGACAUAAGAAGUGCUCACUUCGUCUCUGCCCAUCUGUGCCACUGAUAGGAACCGUGGCAUGAACUCCUCCUUUCAAUUUGCCUUCUUGUGGCAGACUUGCCAAAACAUUUGCCCAUUGCCACAUUAAAGCAAGCAGAUGUGUCUGCUGGGCUCUGCUGCCUUGGCUUAGGAGUGCAAAUGACAGGCUCCAUCAACCUUAGAGAUCAAGAACUGAAGCAGGUUGUUAGUUCCAAAAACUGUUCUAGCCCACAAAAGCUUUGCUGUGUGCCUUCCUCCAAGCUGCUCCCUUUGUGGGAAGGAUAAUAGCAUGAGAAGCUAAAGGUCUACUUUAGAAGAGAUUCAGUGAGGUUGCCUGCUUCUGUGUUGUGGAUGAAGACGUUCAGCGGAUCUCUCCCAAGUACUUUUCCUGCCUCAGGUUUAUAGUUUCCUGUCAAAAUUAAGGCAGUGGCAUUUGAGGAAAGUGUGGGCAUAGUAAGAACAUAAGAAUUUCCUUUCUGAAUAUCAGGCUAAAUAUCUAUUUAGUGCAGAGGUAGGGAACCUUUUUUUCUGUCAAGGGCCACAUUCCUUCAGGGCUAAUCUGUCAGGGGCCUUGUGUCAGUGGUGGAUGGGGCCUUUACACUCUCCCUCUCCCUCUCCGAUACUCCUUUCUAGCUCCCACCCCUUAUCCUCCCUGCCCAGCAGGCUGUUAAGGAAGGGCUAGAUAGCCCUCAGUAGAGUUCUGAACUGUUCAUAUGCCUGAUGGCUUUUGAAAUUAGACUGAGGGCCAAAGGUUGCCUACCUUUGAUCUAGUGGCCUGGUACUCUGUAACCUUGGCCAGCUAGUUGUCCCUGGGAAGCUCAUAAACAGAACAUGAUGAAGACAACCCUGUCCUCUUCUUUGGCCUCAGAAUCCAGUAGCCAGAGGUGUGCUGCCUCUGAACAUUGUUUCUGUGACAUCUUUGGGCCUGAGAGGCUGGAGUUUAGGUCCACCUGUUCCCCAGAGAAAGCAGCAAAUAAGAGGGACCAGGCAAAGCCACAGCUGCCCUAUGGGCAGAGUGUACGGGAGCGGAAGAGAAACACACACACCACUCUGUGUGGCUUUGCAGAAAAGAAGACCGGUGAAGAGUUGCCAUUUUCCUUAGCCUCAGCUGUGGACCGUGAGGAGGGUCAGAUGUGGGGCUGGUGGAACAUCUGGAGCGGCUGCUGUAUCUCCUCUGCCUGCCCCUUCAUUCAGCAAUCAAAUGCUUUGGUUCUGGGAUGUCUACCUUGCAUCUCUGCCCAUUUGCUGAUCAGAGGAGAGCUGGGCAGAGCCAAGAGGGAGGCCAGAUGUUGAAUGAGUCAGUCAGCCAUCUGGCUCUGGGAAACAGACAUUUAGCCCAGAUCUCGCUCCUGGACAGGUGCCAGCAUGUGGGCAAUGAAAAAUGGGUUUCCACUGGCCAGCCAUAGUGAACACCGAUGGGUUGCCUGCUUUGGGUGAGGCAGAGCUACAGCUGUGAGAGGCAGGGCAAUAUUUGGGUUUUUUUGGGGGGGAAGCAAUGUAUUUCUUGCAUGAAGCUCUUGGGCAUUUGCAUCUGAUAUCGCUGCCCCAGCUAUUUUUGCUCUGCUGUUGAUGGUUGCAGCCAGGGGAGGAUUCAGCGUUUCAGGUGUUGCAGAGGUGGUGGUGAUGAAGAGAUUGUGGGCAGUGCCUGCAGUCCAGCUACUUGCAGAUCUCUAGCUUUUCCUGUUAUUCUAGUGUGUAGCAAUUGGUUCCACAGGUUGAAGCUGGUGCUGCAACACACCGUCCUGCUGUCUGUGGUGCACCCCAACCAACCACCAGUUCCAGGAGCCAACCUCCUAUUCCCCCCACAUACAGAGCAUGACUCCAAACUCAAAGCCCUAUUUGAAUACUGACGGCAUGGUUGGUUGGGGAGGGGCUGGCCUCAAGUACUGCUGUGUAUCUAGGAUUUCCACUUUUCCCUGACCUUUUAACAACUGUGUGCCCGGCAGGCAUUCAACAAAUGUAGCUUUUCCUGGAAUUGUGAGAUGGGGAAGCUGUGCCUGUUUAAUUUCUGCUGCAGCUAUUAAAGUGGUAAAGCCUCUCUAUGGAAGAAAAAACAAGGUGGCAUUCCUAGUGCUAAAGGCUGAUUCACAAAUUGUACUUGCAACUGACAGGGCCUCUCUUUUUUCUGAUUCAGUUAGGGGGAGGAGAGGGAAUGUGUGAAAGUUUUACGCAUGUAAAUUGCUUUCCUACCAGCCAGCCUCCUAUACAUUUUGAGACAGGAGUGAUCCUGUGACUAGAUAAUGUAAAAACUAGGCCUUAAGUUCCCAGUAGGCAUGUCAAUUAACAAUGAUUAAUAUCACUCUCUUGCCUCAUAUACGUACCCAUGGGGGGGGACUGCAUAGUUAAUACCCCAACAUUACAUAUUAUGUGACUAUAUACAACAAACAAAAACUUCAAACAGUAAGUCACACAAAAACAUCUACCCUUCCUUCACAGAAAACUGAGCAAUUCAAUGGUGAUGGCAAAGCUAGAAGGUAUCCAUGGAGACAGGCCCUAUUUAUCACGUUAUUAAUCUACCCGUUCCAGCAGCUCAGAAAGGGGCAGCUGGUGUCUGGCUGUUGUCAGCUUGGCACGCCUUUCCCUUACGGAGGCUUGGUGAGUUCUAUUUUCAUGUUUUGAUUGCCCACUUGGGUACUGCUAUGGAGAAAGGCCUGGGAAUAAAAUGCCCAUCUCUAAAAGUGCAGCGCACCUGCCACAAUGGCUUAGCCUCCCCAUUUUACAUCAACCUACCUGUCACGUUUCAAGCAUCCUUCAUGUGCACAGACUGGAAUUUCCCUCCCUGCUGAUUUGGAAAUCUCUCCCAGUUUUCAUCUUCCACUUCCACCUUCCUGGAGUGUUGAAAGAUGCCAAUGGCUCAUUGUCUUCUGUGGACAUGUUAGACAUGGAAUGUCUCAAGUGUCAACUCAAAAUUCUACCCUGGAGAUAGGCCAAGCCCACAUGGCCAUACUUGACUGGAGGAUCUUCUCCUUUCAACCCCCUCUCCUCAUUCUACAUGGUUACAAAAUGGGGGUUAUUCCCUAUGAAUAUUUGCUGAAUAUAAUGGGUGAUCCUUUUAAGACAGCUUGGGCAUCUCCGCAAGCACAUACUAUGAAGCAGGCCACAUUGCAACAUGCUAACUUGAGGUGAAAAGGCAAAGGGGGCACAGAUGUGCAAAGCAGGCAUCCAGGGAUUUGCUUUGACUCUUUACACUGAUUUAAGACUACCUAUCAACUAAACAAAAGAUGUAGCAGCCAUAGCUUCCCCUGACCAUUAUCUUAUCAUCCACAACCACCACCACACACAGGUGCAUAGCAAGCAAGAUUCCAGGUGUGCUGCACAGCAGGCUAGUCUGGGGAGAAAGAAAAGAGAGAGAAGGAAUGAGUCCUGGCUGCUGCAUCUCUUGCUUAAUUGGUAGUUGUAAAGGGGAAAAGCAAGUCUCUGGGCUGUAACCUGUCAGCUCUUACUGGGAGAAAAUGUUUGUGAGAUACCUGGCAGAGCUUUUGCACAUUGAGGCACUAACGUUUGCACCAUACAAUCAUAAUCUGUAAAUUUGAGAAAGAAAGUGAUAAAAUGGACCCACUCACAAGCAACGGAGGCGGAUUUUGGCACAUGCUCUUUUCCCCCCAAGGGACUUUACAGCAGCAGGCAGCACUCCGGAGCCACCUUGCCUGCACUCCCUCGUGUAGCUGAACCCUUGAUGGGCACUCCUGCUGCUGCACCUUCAUUGGAGCUACCAGCGAUUGUUUAAGUUGGGUUUUAGAAACAUAGGGCCAUAGGAAUUUGCUUUAUAAUGAGUCAGACAAUUGGUCCAUGUAGUGCGGUGUUGUCUGCACUGACUGGAAGCCGCUCUCCAGGAUUUCAGACAGGAGAUCUCUCCUAGCUUUGCCUGGAGAUACUGAGGGUUGAACUUGGGACCUUGUGCACGCAAAGCAGUUGCUCUACCGCUGAGCUACAGUCCUUUCAGUGGGCUGUGUUUUCCAUUCUACCAAACAAUAGUUGACUACUCUGUUUCUUCCUCCCAGAGAUAUUUCUGUAUCCUGAUUUAAGGUACUGUAUUCUGUCACUUAGGAGAGCCUGGGUCCAGACCAAUCACUCUGCUCUGGGGUUUUCAAGUGUCCCUCUAUGCUAAGCAGUAUUUGGCCAAGAACUGCUUGUUGUUUGAAGCCUGGUGUGUGUGUGUGAUAGGAAUAAAUGACCCUACAUCCCAGGCGACGGGGGAGGGGGGGAAGGGUCUCACUGGGGUUGCAUUCAAAUUCUUGUGUCAGUAAACUCCUCCCACCCCACAUCUCUGAGCAGCAGCCAGCUGGCGUGGGGGACAAUCGGGCUGGAGAGGGCUUUGAUGUCUGAAUGGAGAGAUGGGCCCCAAGGGAGCUGUAUAGUUAAUGAUUGUGCAAGGAGGUAGGAAGAGCAAUAUGUUCUCAGGAUGUUUCUUAGCUCCCCCCCCUUGCCCCUCUUGUUAUUCUCAACCCCCCUUCCUCCCUCCUCUCUGCAAUUUCCCUGUAGAGGUGUCAGUUUGGGGAAAACAUGUUCUGAGUGGAGAUUGCCUGCCGGCUCAAAGCUGGAGACAGGAAAUUUGACUGAAUUAAAUGUGCUUUUGUUUGGACUUCCUCCUAAGAAUCCUGGGGACUGUAGUUUACCCCUCACAGAGCUACAAUUCCCAGCACCCUUAACAAAUUACAGUUCCCAGGAUUCUUUGAGGGAUGUGCUUUAAGCGCACAGUGUGUAUGCAGUGGCUCCAGAUCCAUCCAUGCAGUGCAAAGGUUUAAUACCCCUGUAUGGAUGGAUGUGCCCAAAGUGCUGAGGUAGUAAGAGCAUUGUGGGUGGGGAAAACUGAUCAGCAUCCUCAGCCUUCCUCCCCCUCCUCCCAUGCUCAUCUCCCCUAAGAACAUAAGAAGAGCUUUGCUGGAUUGGGCCAGUGGCCUAUUUAGUCCAGCAUCCUGUUCUCACAGUAGCCAAUCAGAUACCUAUGGGACCCUUCUCCAUUCACUGGUGCUUGCAAAGCAGUCCUUUUGCUUGUUUCCAUUAAAUAGAUGGUGUCCUGCAGCAAUUUUGUGGUGCUGAGGUUGGGUCCUGUAGGUCAAGCCCAGAGCAAAGCCCCAUUUCAGGAACAAUCUGGUAACCUUUUGCUGCUGGAAGGGCAAAGGGACAGGCUGUGGCUUUGCCACAGAUGUGGUAUGUGCUUAUUUGCACAAGGAUGGCAAAAGGCCACCCAGAGUCGAGGGAGCAGGAGCAGGAGCUGAGCUGAUACGGAAUCUCUUCAUGCAGAAUUUCCAUCCAGGCUGAGCAGACGAUGUGACUGAAACCUGAUCACAGUGUGCAAGCUAGGAGAUGGGGAGAAAAGGGGCCAGAGAUUAAGUGGGGGGCUCUCCUCAUGAGCUAAGACAGGAAUGUAAAGCAACCCUGAGAGAGCCAGGCUCGCUGGGCUGCUUGGCUCAGACAUGCAGAGACCAGAGGCUGACUAAUUUCCCCAGCUUUGUGGCUCAAAAUAGAAAAACUUGAAACAUUGACCCUUCACCCAUCUAAAAACAGUUGUUGGCGCCAUGGGAGCUGGAUUCCACAAACCCAGGGCCCAGCUCCAAACUCCUGCGCUCACUUUUGUUUCCAAGCCCAGUGAUGCUGUAUGAUAAGGAGCCAGGCCUAGAACCCUCACACACCAGUUCUCAAGGAGACUCUCAGCUGGACAUCCAUCAUAGCUGUGGUCUGGCACAGGCUCCUGCUGGGGGGUGAUGGUCUCCUCUCUCUUCCUGUGGUUCUGAAUAGCUGUAGCCAGCACUCCUUAGUAGCAUUUCCUGCACUCAGGAAUACUGAACCACUCAUCAUUAGACACACAUACAAACACACAUGCCCUGCUCAAGGCUGGAGACAGACAAUAGUUCCCACCGCUCUCCCCAUGAGAGUUAGAGGUGGUUUGGAAAGGGGUUGCUGCUUGUGAUUUGUUGCCUUGGUAAACAUGCUCUGUAAGGUUUUGUACGGUUUUAGAACCCUGUUUGCUUGGAGUAAUACAGGAAGAAACAUGUCUGUAUCUAUGGACAAUGAUGCCUCUUUCAUGUUACUUUCAACUCUUUGAGGGAGGACCAUACCUGAGUACUAGAGUACGUGCUUUGCAUGCAGAACGUCCCAGGCUCUGUGCACGCAGGUGAUGUGAGGGGCAUUUCUUCCUCAGAUCCUGAGGCCAAUCAGGGUAGACAAAACUGAGCUACACAGACAAUGAGUUCGUAUGUAAGUCUUAAAUAAAACUGCCUCCCGCUUUUCUAGUGCGAGUUGGCUGUUUGCUCAUUAUCACUGACAUUUUGUCCGCUCAUUAUAUCUAUAAAGAGAAGCUGGGGCUCCUCAAUCUCUAUAGACAGGAAACACAGUUUAUCUGUAUAACCUGGAAGAGCUAAUCUUAGAUCACUUCUAGAACAUGUGGGACACAGUAGCCCACACUUGCAAGGAGCACCCAGGCCAUCUGAGCUGAGCUGCCUCAUAAAGAACGCUAUAGGAUAACUCUGACUUCACUCCUUCCCUUGCCCAGUAAUCUCAGCUGCAGUUUGGAGAUGGGCUGAGGAAUUAGAGCUCUCCUGGGUUAGGGGUAUGUGGCCCCAUGGAGCAAAGUAAAAACACGACAUACAGCUAUUCUGUGUUUUUCCCGAUUGUAUUUUUACAGCAUCUGUCAUUAUCCAGGUCCCUGAGCCUGAGCUCCUAUGAGUAGUUUCCACUUUCUGUUUCUAUGGCUUACAAGCAUAGAAAACACAUAGAAUCAAAGAAAUUUGGGUUGCCUCCAGACUGUCAGUAUUUUGUGGGAGGGAUUCAAGUAUAUACCAGAACCUUAGGUUUGCACAAUUAACAUGGAUUAAAGCACUCUGUUACCCUAGCACAACACAUCCACUUUUUUUUAAGCCAUACCUUUUGCAGUUUGGAAAGUAACAUGGAAGUGUAUUGAAAAGUGUGGGAUGAACAAAUUAUUCACAGAAAGAUAUAUAAACAGCCUGUAAGUAAAUCAGGAUGAAUGCAAGAUGAACAUUCAUUGUCAUAUAACUGCCCCAUAAACAAAUGAGAACGAAUGUUAAUUAAAGACCAGACAUAGCUGAAUCUUCAUGUAAGCUUUGUGCAAGCUAAUCAGAAUAAAUACCGAAUAAAUAGGUUGUCUGGGCUAGAGGUGAUCUAGUCUAACCUGCUACUGAAUGCAAGAGCUGCACGGCAAGAUGCAAUCACAGCAAUCCAGACAGAAGGCUGCCCCACCUUCAGUACCUCCAACAAUUCACUGUUCCACUUUCACUGUUCCACAUUUAUGAAGUUGUUACUGUUUCUUCUGAUGUUUAGCUGAAAUCUGCUUCCCUGCAAUUUCCACUCACUGGUUCUAGUUCUGCUCCAUCUUCUGCAUGAGAGCCUUUCACAACCCUGAGAGUUUUUGACCACAUUCACAACAUAGGAAAGAUGCUUGACAGGUACUUUCAGAACUGGUUUGAAAGAGAGGUGAAGUUACUUCGGAACACAACAUUGAAAUUUGAUUGUGGAAGUCAAAUACAGGUACAAAAAUGUAAAAACAAAAGAUUUCUAUUUCAAAUGUUAAGAUUUUGAGAAUAUUUACAGCUUUUGUUGGAGGAGAGGGUUGGAUUUCAGCUCUGUGUGUCAAUGACAAAAGCUUUUUCAGUCCUUCCCCCCUCAAUAAAAAUUGGUUGGAACUUCAAAACUAAAAAUCUGCUUUUUCAAAAGUUUCAAGUGUGAUUUUGGAGAUUUAUCAAAUUUUUAAAUCUAUAUGGAAUGUUCUUUUAGCAUUACAUUAUGCAGAGUAUGUCUGAGACUAAACAUGUUGUUUCUUCUCUUUACCAAAAAGUCAAAAUUCUUCUCUCUCUCUCUCUCUCUCUCUCUCUCUCUCUCUCUCUCUCACACACACACACACACACACACACACACUUUUUUAAAAAGUAAAAGAAAUUGUAACUUCAUUCAAAUAAAUUAGGAAAAUUAAUACC